AUGUUCCGCUUCAAGUUCCGUGCGGAGCUGAGCGAGACGUCCCUGGGGCACGCGAAGCUGUCGGAGCUCCUGCAGGACGCGCGCGUGAGCGACCUGUGCACGGUGAAGCUGCAGAAGCACGGCUACGCCGUGUUCCCGGCCGCGAAGGCCCAGGCUGCCCGCGCGAGCGCCAUCAGCCUGGCGGACAGCCUGACGCCGCCCGCGGCCGCGGCGGUGGCGGAGGCCCCGCCUCGGCGCGCGCGCCCGGCCCCGCUGAGCCUGGACGCCCAGGACAGCCAGGGCUGCGCCAGGGGCGACGAGAUCACGGAGAUUGGCAAUCUGCACGUCUCCGUCGUGCAGGUGGCUCCAGCAGCAGGCGGCGCAGACGCAGGCAUCCUCUUCCCGCCCACGCCGGAGGCCGCCACGCCGUGCUGGGCCCCCCGCGCGGCGUACGCUGGCCAGGCCGCCCCCACAGGGCCGCUGCCCACGCUGCUGGGCCGCCCCGCGGCGCAGCCCGGCGGCGGCGGCGCCAAGGACGCUGACAGCGCCGCCAAAGCUGGGGCCGCCAUUAUCGCGGACUGCAUCAAGGCCGCGCAGCACAGCCAGCCACCGCUGGAGGAGGAGCGCAACAUCUGGACGAUGCAGCUGGUGACCCCGAGCACCUUGGGGCACCUGCGAGGCAGCCUGGAGCAGAACACCUUCAUUCACGUUCCUGAGCCGCUGCCUACGCCAGAGGCGGCAGCCCCUCAGCGGAGGCUCUCCCGCGCCCUCUCGGCGGAGCUCUGA